AUGUCCCUGAGUGUGUCCCUGAGUGUGGAGAAGGAGGUCCCUGAGUGUGUGGAGGAGGUCCCAGAGAGUGUGGAGAAGGAUGUCCCUGAGAGGUCCCUGAGUGUGGAGGAGGAGGUCCCUGAGUGUGUCAGGAGUGUGGAGGAGGAGGUCCCUGAGUGUGGAGAAGGAGUGUGGAGAAGGAGGUCCCUGAGUGUGGAGGAGGAGGUCAGAGAGUGUGGAGGAGGAGGUCAGAGAGUGUGGAGGAGGAGGUCAGAGAGUGUGGAGGAGGAGGUCCCUGAGUGUGGAGAAGGAGGUCAGAGAGUGUGGAGAAGGAGGUCAGAGAGUGUGGAGAAGGAGGUCAGAGAGUGUGGAGAAGGAGGUCAGAGAGUGCGGAGGAGGAGGUCACAGUGUGCGGAGGAGGAGGAGAAGGAGGAGGUCAGAGUGUGCGGAGGUGGAGGAGAAGGUGGAGGUCAGAGUGUGGAGGUGGAGGAGAAGGAGGAGGUCAGAGUGUGCGGAGGUGGAGGAGAAGGAGGAGAGGUUUGUGCUUUGAAUGAGCUUUGA